GCCGACACGAUGUUGUUGUCUUGAACGGUGUUUAGUUCACUGUUUGAUUCCGCCUUCGCUCGUCGCCGUGCAGACUCGAUUGUGACUGAUAGUUGUACACAGUUUGACCCCCUCCGGUGGUUUAUCUGCAGUUAGAGACCGGCCUUGCACUCCAGCAACACCUCCACAUGCCCAGGACCUCCUCGCUGCACUUCGCGCCAAAACUCCGUUUCUAACCUAAAAACUGUGCGUCUUUGAUAACUUUUUGCCAGCUCUCCGCUCACAAUUGCUCGUCCCUUUGGCUCUAGCUGCCGCUAAAACUAGGGAUGGCUGUGUGAGAUGGCGGCCGGUGAGGACUCCGUGAUGUUGGCCACAGCCACCGCUCCCCCGCCACCUCAUCCCCUUCCGCACCCUCACCCUCACGUCAAGAGAGAACAUGAGCCGUCCGUCCACGAGCCUAUCAAUCUGAAGUCUGAGGUCCCCGAGCCCGAGAAGCACUGUCUGGAGCUGACCCCAGUCUGUUACGAGAGUGAAGAGGACUCCUGUUCAAGUAGUGUGCCAUCCCCAGGCAACCAAGCCAUGGGAGUGCCCAUGAAUGAGAACAUGAUGACCAACAACAGGAUACAACACGACAACAGUCAGGACAACAGCAGUCCCCAGCACAGCACCAACAACAACAACCUGCCUUUGCCUCAUCCAGAGACCAAACCUCUGCAUCUCAACGGAUCAUUGUCUGGGAUGGUAAACCUGCACAACUUGCAGAACUUAGCAGGUUUGCCAACAUCACAGCCUGCUGUGCCACCUAUGGCUGCCUCUCAGCUCAUUAACACACCUCUCAACCUUAGCAUCAAUGCCACAGGGCCUCUGUCCAUGGCGGGGAUGGUGAGCAGUCCGCCACAGCCCCCCCAACUGUUGGCAGCCCCUCAGCCAGCUGCAAUGCCUCAGUUUAUCCUUGCCUCCGGUCAGCUGGUGCAGGGUAUCCAAGGAGCCCAACUGCUCAUCCCUACAUCUCAGGGCAUAGCGACCCAGACGAUACUGACCAUCCCUGUCAACCAUGUGACCAGCAACCAGAUGGUGAACUUGGCUCUGAGUAACGGCCAGGUUAUCACUACCACUCUGGCCAAUCUGCAGACCAUGGCACAGCCCCACCAUCUGCUGGCCCCCACCCACAACACUGUGCCAUGUACAAGCCCAAACAUGGGAGCUCCAGGACUGAACAAUCAUCUACCUCAUCAGCUGUUAAGCAACGGUCACCAGCAACAGCAACAACAGUUGAUCAAUGCCCUCCAACAGCAGCAACAACAGCAGCAGCAGCAGCAACAACAACAACAGCAGCAGCAGCAACAACAGCAACAACACAGUGCAACCCACCAAAGUAACCACAGUCAGAAAUCUCCUCUCCAACAUCACAACCACAACCAGUAUUCUUCUAAUGCAGAAAAGUCACCGCCUCACGUCGGCAGCAACGGGAUGAUGUCAAACGGAGCAGUGACCUCCUCCUCUGCCUCAUCCUCGCCCCUCAACACCAUCAACCGGUUGGCUGCCAACAACUCUGAUCUCACGAUCACCACCACUUCCGCCAACAAGCCCCCGCCCCCCACCGCUUACCCCCACAACAACAACAACAUGCAGCACAGCCCUGGUCUUGAUCUCCUUGACGACUCACCAAACCAACCAACAAUCAGCCAGAGCAACUGCAACAUGGUGGAUGGUAUCAACCUGGACGAGAUAAAGGAGUUUGCAAAGGCUUUCAAACUGCGGCGACUCAGCCUUGGCUUGACCCAGACGCAGGUGGGACAAGCUCUCAGCAUCACAGAGGGCCCUGCCUACAGCCAGAGUGCCAUCUGCAGUGCCCUGGCCACUCAGAUGUAUUGCGCGGCCCAACUUGCCUCCCAACAACACUAUAUGUUUGAGAAGCUGGACAUCACGCCCAAAAGUGCACAAAAAAUUAAGCCUGUUCUUGAGAGGUGGAUGAAAGAAGCUGAAGAAAGAGCGCAGUACCCUCAGCCAAUGCCUGUAGAUUCUGACGCACCUAGGGGCCUACCUGAUAUGUACAAGAGUGGUCAGAACCACUUGACAGAAUUCAUUGGUGUGGAACCCUCCAAGAAAAGGAAAAGAAGAACCUCAUUCACUCCCCAGGCCCUAGAACUGCUCAACGCUCAUUUUGAGCGCAACACUCAUCCCUCAGGGACAGAGAUAACGACGCUGGCGCACCAGUUGGGCUACGAGCGGGAGGUGAUCCGCAUCUGGUUCUGUAACAAGCGCCAAGCACUCAAAAACACUGUCCGGAUGAUGUCCAAGUCGUGCACACCUCCCCACCUCGGUGGUGCCAAUCACCUGACCACUUAGCCACCAACCAACACCGCCGCGUCCCCCUUCCUCUGGGAGUUCGACUAGACGGUGUUCUCGGCAUCCCCUUCUUGUCUCCGGUUCAGUGACAAUUCAGUGAAUUUCGUCUCACGUUCUUGUUUGAUUUUAAAGUCAUUAUUCAUUUAGUGUACAUUUGUAUAUUACGUUGUUAGAGUUAUUAUUGUUUUGAUAACUAUUUUAUUUUUUUGUCAGUUAAUUAAGUUUUUUUUAAGUUUUAUAACCUCAGUUUUGUUUUAAAACUGUAUUGGGAAUUGGUUUAUCAACAGAACGAUGUUUUUCUUUUGAGUUUCUCACCGUAGAAGAACACAACAAAACUAUCCACAUGAAAUCUUUAACCAGAAUCUCAACAAGCGCAAAUUUCAGAAAUACUUAUAGACUUCUCCUCGAAGCUUUGUGAUAUAAUAUUUUGUGAUAAUCGACUACAUUUUUUUAUAAAUAGCGUAAGUUACUGUGUGAGUGAUACGCUAGGACCGUGAUUACGCAAGUCAAACUUUGCUCCCAGUGUCUUUGUCGCAAACACGAUAUUCUGUAGGACAGUCAGUUUGUUUUCCGAACUCUGCCACGCUCUCGACCUUGGGUUGUCUCUGUGAAUAUGUGUGUUACUCAGUAUUUAGCCACAUAAACCUCUGUUUCAUAAUUGACAUAGGUUAUCUGAUAAUAAAGUAUUGCUAGCAAAUGUUUUCUUGAUGAACAGUUUUUAGAAAUUCAAUAAAGUUGCUGAUGAAUGAACGGCAAAGGGAACAAAAUACAUAUAGCUAGAGAACAAAAACAGUGUGCAGAAUUACUUUAUGAAUGUAAAAUGUCAGUUAUUGUAAUCAUAGUAUGUUUCCCAAAAGUUUUCAUAUACCAUAGGAAUAAACUAUUUAAAUUUAGAAAGGUUUUGUUCCCUUUACUGUUAAAAGUUAUGUUUUGUUUGUUAUUACUAUAGGUAGUUCUUUUUAUAUGUUUUCUUUACUUACAUUUUAUUUAUUAUGGAACCAAAGACAGGUCGUUGUAUAUAGUUUCAGUUUAUUUAUUAAUUACAUGGUUAAAUUAUUUUAUUGUUUAAAUUAUUUCAUUAAUCUCUACGCUUACUUGUACUUCUAACAGGUCCUUCAAUUAAUAUUUAUUAUUAACUUCUCUAUACUAAUAAAAUAGUGGUGUACCUAGCACUUGUGUCUCCUCUGUACUUUUGAGAUAUAAUAUACCAUAUUCCUGGUACCGCCUUUAUCCCCAAGAACUACCCCCAAAAGUGAUUUCUGGGUACACCACUUUAACAAAUCUUCUUUUACAGUUGUUCCAUUCUAGUAUUCAGUUUCAGGUGAUAUUUUCUACGAUGUUACGUUAAAGAGUAAUUAUUACCAAUGUUAGUAUCUGUUACAAUAGUCACUGUUACAAGUAUAUGUUUAUUCUCUUUAAGAACUGUUUAUUUGUAAAUAAUAUAUAUUUAGUUAAAUUGAUCAACGCCACUACUUGUUUAAAUGUUGUGUACAUAAAACUACCUAUAUCAAUGUAUGUAUGUAGUGUGUGUAUAUAAAAACACAGAGAAUUAACUUUCUCUCCGCGCAACCAAAGUUCCUACUAAAUUUUAUACAAGCCGUAGGUUAUGUACAGUAUAAAUAUAUAUAUAGUAGGUAAGAGGCACCUAAAAUUGGCCAUCUUGCACGAACAUUCGUAUACUUAUUUUUAAUGUGUUCGUAGGCUAGGUAUUUAACAGUAUUCGCAUUAAGGUUAUGUAUUGUAAGUUAUAGUUUAUGUAAAGUUGUCGUCUAAAUGUCACUCGUAAUAAUAAAUAUUUCAAUCAUUUCA